AUGAUAUGCUUGUGGUCAAAAAAUGGACUCAGAGCGGGCUUGAGACAUCGCCGGUCGUCUUGGCCCAGGAUGGCCGAGUUCCUGCAGUACUGCGCUCGAUGGUCCCUGUUUUACGUCGGUGGGGCCUUUGAGCUUGCGGGAAACGCGUGCGGCAACGUCGCCAAUCUCCUGUGUGAAAGGAAACAAGACACGUCCAGGUACAAGAGCGCCAACGGCAAGGUGUGCGUAGUGACAGGGGCCAAUGCUGGGGUUGGCUUGUCCACGGCAAAACUCUUGGCCAAACGAGGAGGCCAUGUCAUCUUGGCCUGCAGGUCGAAGGAGCGGGGCCAGAAAGCAGCAGAGCUUGUUAAGUCUGUAACUCCCCUCCAAGGUUGCUGCCCUCCAAAGGUUGAGGUCAUGCAAUUGGACCUUGCCUCCCUCAAGAGCGUCAAGAAGUUUUGCCGCAAUUUUGAUGGACGUCGCUUGCAUUUGGAUUUGCUUGUCUGCAAUGCUGGUGUCAUGAAACUGCCACAGAGAACUAUCACAGAAGAUGGAGUGGAGGCCCAGUUCCAGGUGAACUAUUUGGGUCAUUGGCUGCUGACCAAUUGCCUUUUGCAAGACCAACUUAAGCUGCACAAGGCCUCCAGGUCUCCCACCUCACGAAGAGUUGUUUUCGUUUCAUCUACAGCCCACAAACCAGGGAGAAUUGAUUUCAGUGACACGAAUGCUGAAAAGGGGUACGACAGCAUGCAGCGAUACUCUGAUUCAAAAUUGGCAAACGUCCUGGCAGCCAGGGAGUUUCAGAGGCGAUUCGAUAGGAACUACAAUAACUUCGGGAGUCACACAGCUGUGAGCGUACAUCCUGGCCUGCUCCACACCGAGCUUGCUUGUGGUUAUUUCAAGGGUCUUGUGCCGAAGCCGCUGAGGUGUUUCACAGACCCGCUCAUGCAGCAUGUUGUACUCCCACUGGCCUUGAGGCCUGCGGAGUUCGGUGGUGAGUCGGUGCUUUAUGCUGCCCUGGCACCAGAUGCAGAAGUGCGAGGAGAGUAUGUGGGACAUGGAAAGAUACUCAAGGCAGCCAUGCCAAAGGAUCGAAACGAGGAAGUGGUGGCCCAGAGAUUGUGGAGCCUCAGCGAGAAGUUGACUGGAUAUAGACCUUUGAAGGAGCUGUCUUGA